UUCAGUUAGGGUUUGACUCUAAAUUUAUUACAAUGGUGAACUUUUAUAAACCUGUCUGUCUUCUCUUUUUUGGUAUAGUGGGACAAUAACAAUAGUACCGAUGUUAUUUUUAGCGUCCGGAUGAGAUUAAUAGUAUAAGGCAGUUGGGAACAACGUACGAAAAACACCAAACGUUGUUCCAUCUUACGUUUUUCAUCAUUCAUGACUCAAUAAUAAAACAGACAUAAUGAUAAUGAAAAGAGACUGUGUUCUUUUGAGGAAUUACCCCACUGCGUGUUCGUUGCGAUGGUUACUAAGUAGUGUAAUAAUACAGCACCACCAAUGUGGCGCACAAAUAGCGCAUGUUCUUUCACCUGCAAUUUAUUUUCAGCCGCUAAUUCAACUGCGCAUGUUUGUUUCUGUUACUGACAUACGUAAAGAAGGGGCAGUGGUGUUGCUAUUAAUACCAUGAAAAAAUACCUCGAACAGUUUAGCUAUUACUAUUGGUCGAGAGCUCGUCACUUGCCCGUUCUUAAACGGACGAUUAACCACCAACAACCGCAACAAAGUGGCCCCUUAUUAAGGACAUUCACGUUACACUGUACUGCACACGCACACACGGGAAGUGGAGUGACUUCACAAAUUUCUUAAUUUUUUUUAAUUAAUGAAGCUAAAUUGUUCCCCCGAAAGUUGUGGGUUUUGAAGUUCAGGAAAAUUUGGGGUUAAAUAAUAAUUUUGUUUCUUAAACGAGUGUUUAAUACCGACCUAGCACAUUUUAUUCUUUUAAUUUAGACCCCCUAUCGGUACUUCUUUAUUAUUUUAAUCUUGAAUAAUAUGUAGUUUUGCAUUUCUAGGGCUAAGCAUAGAAGCCAAAUUAUGUCUACACGACGGGGUUGGGUCUGCUUCUGCAAAAAUUGAGACAUAGUCAUGCACUGCAAAAAAAAUAUGGCUCUUUAGCUCAAAGGUAGUGUUUGCCCGGACAGAGGUUUGUUUUCGAUUUGACACGAAUUUGAUAGCUGGAAAUAAUGGAUUCAAAGUUUUCUGGACCUUUUCAAAGAAGACAAUGGUGACGAGGGGCAUGAAGGUUUCUGAUUCGUCGACGGUUUCUCCCCAAGACUUUUUUCUCUAGCCGACUGGACGCGUUUAUACACCACUGAAUUCCCACUUGAUCGUAUGCCCGUGCGGGCGCAAUAAUUCAGUGCUUCAAUAAUGAAAGACAAAGACAAUAUCAUAUUGAGUUCACAAAAAAGUACACUUUUUAAACUAAGGUGUAUUUGUAAUCCUCACAUCCUAAGAAAACGUACAUAUGCACAGCGCAUUGACCGGGAUUACAUUAUUUGAAUGUAAUCCCCUGCAUGUACAAUGCCAUGUAAUGCCAAUGCACGCACACGUGACCAGCCGUUCUGUCGCAUAAAUUAGCCUCGUGUAGACGAUUGCCAAGGCAGACCUGGAUCGGCUUUAGUAUUUUGGUGGCCAAGACGUGUUUUUGUAUGAUGCACUGAGGUGCUGCUCGGCACAAAAUACAGCACAUAAAAUACGUAGAUGGUGGUUGGAAGACGACGUCCAAAACUACUCAUUAAAAUCAAGCAAAAAAUUUAGCUUGAUGAAAUGGACGGUAUUUCAUAGGCUAUGCACUACUUCGUCGAUCUGCAAUUCUUCCGAAAUUGAGAAGUUGAAAGUACGAAAGGAACAAGAGAUCAGUCGAGAGUAGAAAUAUCUCAUCACCAUAACAACCACUUUUUGUGUCUAAAGUUGACAGUCCCCGAUGAGACUUUCCUGAGCACAAACACCGUGGGAUUUCAGUUAAAUCUGUUGCGGAUGCUACUUCCUCAAAACGAGAGGGCUCAACAAAGGACGGGCAAGUUGCCAAUGAAUUUGCGUAUGGUUUAGGAUGGUGUGGUUGAGGUACUGCACCUCCCAUACUGCAAGACGCAUAGACGUGAAACAAAAGAGAGGAGGCAUAUCGAUGUUGGUGGUCGGGACGCACAGACGCGUUUUUCUAUGAUGCACUAGGGUGCUGCUCGGCACAAGAUAUACUGCUUCCACAGAAUUACUUUGUUUCUUCGUUGCAGCAUGCAGUGGUUACAAGGAACGACCCUUCGAGUUCUCUUUUUGGUCUUUGCGACAAGCAGCGUCGCUCUGGCCCAAUACACCUCCUGCCCAUCCGGUUGGCUGAACUGGCAGCAGUCUUGCUACUACCGACUCCCCGACAAGAUGAAUUGGUUUCAGGCCUCGGAGGCUUGUAACCGGCCGGGAAGCAGCUUGACCGUGCCCGACUCAGAGGAGGAAAACUUCUUCCUCUGGCAGUCUAUAGUUAAAGGGCCAGUCGGGGCCGGUGGUCUGUGGAUUGGUUGUACUGACGCAGCCCAAGAGGGAACCUGGCUGUGCGGGGGUCAGCCAGCACGGUACACUAACUGGAAUAGCAGGAAAUUCAGAAACAGCAGUGACUACAACUGCGCCAGACUGACGGUUUUUGCGAAAGGAAAGUGGUCCGAUGAUAUACCUUGCAGUAGCAAAAACAACAGAUCGGCUGCCUGCGAGAUGAAGACCUCCACAGUACCAAUCUACCACACCUUCACUGGUACUGAUGGGCGUGUCCCCCAGCAAUGCCUCCACCAUCACAACAUCAAGAAUGUCCCGGUGGAGAGCCUGCUUGCCUGUGGCUUGGCGUGCCGGGCCACUCCCCGAUGCCGCUCCUUCAAUUUGUGGCAGAUCAGCAAAGCAGAGAGGCAGUGUCAACUCAAUCAAGUCACACGUCUUGGAGCUGACUCCUACGACUUCAAGGCAACCAACAACUGUUUUUACUUUGACUUGUAAACCACUGUAACGUCGGUUAAAUGAAAUUACUGUUUUCUUUCUUACGUCCACCUCAGCUGGAUCGUUUACGUGAAUUUUCAAGUUUGCAGACAAAUGCCACAGAAUGAAGCCACUUGUCUAAGGGCUGAUGCAUUUUCAAGUUUGCAGUCAAGAAUAAAUCCACUCGUCUAUAGGGGGGCUGAUGAAACAGACUUCAAAACACGUAAGGACUUUGACUUUUACUUGCAAAACGAGGAACAUGCUUGGAAAAACACCGCAUAAUUAUCCUAACCUCGGCAGGAAGAAUAUUGAAGUCACCUUCAGUUUGCAAUGAGAAGGAGCGGUUUUGGGGUGAAAGCGCAUGAACUGAACUCAUUGGCUGACAAUGUUCAAUGAAAAGUCACUAAAUGCACAAAAAUAAAAACGUGUUCUAAAGACAGAAUGACGAGAAGAACAAUAAUUAUGAAAGUUGUUCCCUUUACGUUGGAAACGGCAACUGGAAACAUUAAAAUUGGUUUCAAUUCACCUUACCUCUUUCUCGCACUUAAGUCUUGUCCACGUGUUUACACUGGAAUUCCUAGAACAUGGAACGAAACUGCACUCCAUAUUUGUUUUAAAGCUAAAUGAGAAGAGUCUGUUCUUAAGAGGAGAUGGGGGUUGACAUUUUGGCAUGUUGUUAGUGCAGUCACAAUAAUACAGACAAAGGACCAAUUUGUGUACGCAUUGUGCAGUCGAUCGUUGCUUACGAUUGCUCCUGUACAUUAACAAAACAUCUUAACUAAGUGCACACCAUUUAUAGUUACCACAUAUUGACAUUAUACAUACAUAUAUGAUGUCGAAAUUAUUUCUAGACUUUGCUUGUAGUGUUUUGGAGUGUUGUACAUCAGUGACGACGGGGUUUGGAAAUGAUUUAAGUAAAAUAGAGUAGUGAAAGAAAUGAAAUAAAUCAUACAAAAUAAAGAAAAAAUGUUUCGUUUCAAAACUGAUCCACAAUUUCAGAAAGAAACAUCGAAAGGCGAUUCAAUUUCGUAAGUAAUUUGCUGUUGACAAAAAUAUGAGAAUUUGAAUGAAACUCUGGAAACGAAAUUUGAGGAGACAGCUUUAGAAACAAACCAAUGAUCUCCCCCCCGCUUUCUGCUUCAGGCAUGCUGAGCCCAUGCCGGCCUUGAAUUACAAUUUAAUAAACAACUACACAAUUAUAUGUACUCCCCGUUUAAGGUCUUGCGAUACCCCUCUCCGAAGGUCCUGCCCCUGGAUGCAUGAGAAUUUCUCAAAUGUACCCAACCUAUACACCCAUUGCAUUUGCUUUUACGGUCCUCUGGAAAAAAAUCCGUCACGGAUGCCACUUGCUUAGCCUAAUUUCAGUUUUGGCUCUGGCGGGAGAUAGGAUAUUAUUUUUCCAAAAACGC